GCCACGACCCCCAUCGCCGCCCUUCCAAGGAACUCCACCUCCAUCCAAGCAAAUGAGUCUGGAUGCCCAUUAGGCCCGAGCCAAUCGGGUAUGGGAUACCCAUCACGCCCCACCGUCUAUCAAAUGCCAACGACGCCUUAACAACCUCCAACCACCUUCCUCGGAGCUCUACCGCGACCAUCUAUGCCGCCAACGAGGAUCGAAAAGGGACGAAAUCGGCCAACCAAUGUUAGUUUCUUCCCCGUCUAGAAAUCCAAGAACCACCGCUGAGCUCUGUAGAUCACCACCCUUCCGACAGUGCCGCAACGUCAGCGCGGCCAAAGGCCGGCAGUGAUGUUGGGUCACCGCCGGACGAGCGCUCUUGAAACACUAGGGAAGACGACUAUGAUAGAAGCUGUUGCGGCUGGAGAGAAGUAGGGUUAUUCAAUAUCUUUAAUAUUAUUUUGAUAAUAGAAAUUCAAAUUCUCAAACCCACACUGCAUGUUAAUGCAAAUUGAGGUAAAAAUAUCAAAAUACUUGAGCAAAUGACAAUAUUGAGGUGUACCAUAAGUUAUAAGCAAGAAGGCCGAUGAUCAUAAACCUCCCAAUUGCUAGAAGCUAACCCAAGCCCACCACGCAGAGACAGCCCAAGACCAUUCUCCCAUUUGUCUAUGGCUUACACGGGUCCAAAACCCUCUCUCUUCUCUCCCAUUCCCUUCCUACUAGCCAGUCUCAGUCCUCCUCUGAUGAGCUUAGUGCCGUUUCUGCUGAGCCAAUAAUACCAAUAGGCAGUGAUUGAGAAAUUAGGCAUUGAUAUACUGUGCUGAAGAGCUUUAGUGGGUUUUCAGAAAAUGAUAGGAAUCUUAAAGAUUAAGCCCCUAAUAUCUACGCUUGAGUCUUCUUCAAGCCACCAGUUCCUUCAGAGGUGCUCUGUGAGUGGGACUGCAAAGGGUAAGUCAGAGACGAAAACUGCAGCGCCUCUGAAGCGCUCAAAGAUAACUACGAAAAAAGGUUCUGGAGAUGGUGCUCCUAAAGGUACAGAGGAAAUUCAUGUAGUGCUAUGUACGCCUCAGAACUCUCCAGAAAUAACCCAAGCACGCGAUCCGUUUUCGUGACUUGACGACCCACAACGGGACCCGACCGGAACUCUUCCAGAGAUGCCAAGCAAGAUAAAAUACUUGGGUUUAGAUGAAACUGCAACUAAAGAGUUGCCUUCAUCAAUUUGGUCUCUUAAAAAACUUGCUAAACUGAAUCUUUCUAGCCGUGCAGGCAUUAAGAAUCUUCUAAGAAGCCCUAGGAGGCUGAAAUGCCUGGCAUUUCGUGAGUGUGUAUCUGCGGGAUCAUUUCAGUCGUACUGCAAGAUAGCAAACAGCUUGUGAGGCUCCCAGCCAGUAUCUAUGAGUUAAAAUCUCUGAAGAACUUGAUCUCUCUGGUCGCUUUAGAAUCAAAAAGUUCCCAGAAGUCUUGGAGGUAAUGGAAUGUCUCAAGUUUCUUCGUGUACAUAAUUAAGAAAUUGUAGGGGUACCCUCAUCAGUUGAAAAUUUUGUUGGGCUUAAAACACUAGAGAUAUCUUCAUGUGGAAGCCUUGAGUUUGUCCCCAACAGCAUCUACAAUUUAAAUGUUCUUGAGCAUUUCUCAGUGACUUACAGGCUGCGUGAAACUGAAAAGAUUGCCUCCCAUGUCAGUGAUUUUGUGCCCUUGAUAUCUCUAGACCUCAGUGAUUGCCAAUUUUUAGAAGAAAUAUAUCCGUGAUGGCCUCAUUGGCUCAACCUCAUUGCAAAGACUAAAUCUAAGUGGAACCAUGAUUCAGACCAUCAAUCCAACAAUCAAACAAGCGUCUGGGCUCAAGUAUCUGAACACAAGUAACUGCAAGUGCCUUCAAUCUUUGCCAGAGCUCCCAUGUCUUCCAACUCUGGUGGCAAAUGGCUGCCCAUCACUGAAGACGGUGUCAUAUCCAAUGACUGCACCCAGACGAGAUUUGAAUCAGAGGCAUUCAUUUUGUGCUUGUAUAAAUUUGGAUGAGAAUACAAGAAGCAACAUGAUGCAUGAUGCAUGGGCUGCAUGGCUCAGAAUUGUGCGAAUGGCAACUGAUCAUCCAUUAUAUGGUACCGUUACUCUAAUAUGUCCGGGAACUGAGAUCCCAAAGUGGUUCAGCUGUGAAAAAGAGGGAUCUUCAAUAAAAACCAAGCUUCCUCAGCAGUGGUCUGAUGAUAAAAACUUCUUGAGAUUUGCUCUGUCAGCUGUUUUGCCAUUCUAUACAGCAUAUUCUGUCACACUUCAAUGUGAAUGCAAUCUCACAACCAAUAAUGAGCGAAGCCAUCAACUUACUUUAUUUCAUUCUCAUUCCCAUAAAGCCAGGAUUGAUGGCCUGGAGGAUGAACAUUCAGAUCACCUGUUAAUGGUGUACAGAUCCCUUUCACUUCCAGAUACAGUGAAAUGGUCCACCGAAGUUUUUUUUGACUUCUCUGCUAAACUUGAUGGUCAGUUCGUUGAGGUGAAAAGUUGUGGUGUGCUCUUUUUGUAUGCCCAAGGUCAGGAUCAUGAUUCUCUGAAAUUUGAAGUCAUUGACACAGAACAAGCUACGUGGAAUUGGAACUUCCAGUGAGUCUGAAUCUGGUGAAAGUGAAACUUCUAGUGAGUAUGAAUAUAGUGAAAGUGAAAAUUCUACUUGGAGAGCUUUCUUUCAAUGAUGCUCGGAAGUUUUAUCAUUAAAUAAAUUCCCAAAAGCAGGGUUUGGCAACUGCAUAAUGGAAUAUUUAUUUGCUGUCUUUCACAACUACAUUUCUACAUUCUGUAUUUCUUUGUUCUGUUUGGCACUUGUACAGAUGUCCUAGAACUUGAAUUUCAUUAUGAAGUAAUCAGCUGUCUCUCAACCGUCAA